AUGCCAGAGCCUCCGAGCAGCUGGGCCGGCUGGUCCCACCCGCCAGUAAAAGCCGCUCUGAUUGGCCCGGCCGCAGCCGGGAAGGCGGGGCCACUAGGUCCCCCACCGGCCCGGAGCGCCCAGGCCCAGCCCCGCCCCCGGCACGGAGAGCCAGGCCCCGCCCCCGCGCCGCCGGCUCCGGGGUCCGCCCACCGGGGGGCGUGGCGCGCCUGCUCCGGGCUCCUGGCUCCCCCGGACCGCCUGCGGGCUGCCGCCCCGGGGCCGCCCACCUCCCCAGCGCGGGUCCGGCCCCUCGGCCGGCGCCCACGACUCUCCCGCCUGCCCUCCCUUCCCGCCGGCCGCCUCCAGACCACCUCCCGCAGUUUCCCGGCCUUCGCUGCUAGGCUGGCGCGUCCGCGGCGCUCCGACCGACUGGAUCCCGCGCGCCCGCUCCCAGGACCAGGGGCUGGACCCAAGAUUCAUUCCGAAUAUAGGGAGACACAGGACAUCUUUGUGACUGACAGAGUGAUCCAAAAUGGAGAAGAUAAACCCCCACAGUUGGUGACCCCUGCGUCAGUGAAAGCCAUCAUCUCAAGGAUUGAGGCUGCUCAGCUAACUCGGACUCAAGAGGACAUUUCUUCCCAGCUCUCAGACAUCUUGGACAAUGUCAACUGUGUCAUCAACCGCUUCCAGGAAGAAUUAGGAUAUGAUUUCCAAAAAAAGGCAAAAUCUCACCAAACAGAGCAAAAGGGCAGGAACAGAUUGAUCUUGCUGGAGAAAAUUACCUCCUUCUCCAAAGAUGCUGAGACUAAAGAGAAGCACUUGUAUGAAAUUCUCCGCUGGCUGGGUGACUGGGGUGACAGUCUGACCUAUGAGAUCAAGAACAGGAAGAGCGAGGAGGAAGAGGAAGCCCUAGAUGAAUGGAUCGAAGUGAUGGAGAAAGUGUUACCUCUCUCUCUUAUCGCCACCAAAGGAGGCAUCGAGUCUCUCAUUUCCCUUUGCUCCACUCUCAUUGAAGGGCAGAAGAAGGGGUCACAAAUGUCCAAAUGCACCUUCUGGCAGGGCUGGCAGGCUCUGAGCCCACAAAAAGCCAAAUCCUGCCCUCAGCCACUGAGCCCCGAGCAGAUGCUCCAGGACAGGCACACUACCUGCACAAAGGUCUCCGAGGUAAAGUCCAUGCUGCAGGAACUCCUGGACUCCACCAUGUUCAACGAGGGGGAGGUCAGGGCCAUCAGGUACAUGUCAGCUGUGAUAGAAAAUCUCAGCAAGGCCUUGAUGCUGCAGCACAAGGAAAACAGGAGCCUGGAGACCAAGUACAGGUACCUGAAAAUAGAGAUGACCAAGGAACUCAGCAGCCAGAGGCUCUUCUUCCAGAAGUCCCUCCAAGUCCUUGAGAGUAAGAGAGAUGCCCUGCUAAAGCAGGUAGAAAUUCUAGGGGGAAGGUACCAUGACCUUCUCCUGAUAAAGCAUGCCUUAGACUUCCAGCUGAAGAAGGCUCAGUCGGCUAGAGGUGAAGCAGCAGACUCCGGCAAGAUCUUGGCAGACUCCCUGGUCCCCGCUAAAAGAGAGACCCCCCCAAAGAAAGAAACAGUCCCGGAGGAAACUCAGCAGAAACCCAAGAAGGAGGAGCAGUUUUCACCGCUCUCCCCAAGUCCCACGGCCACGGCCUGGGGCAGUGGUGCCAGCCCUUCAACAGAUCAGCUGCUUUCCACCAUGACUGUAUAUUCCAGAGUUGCAGAUGUGUACAGCAGCAAGAACACCGAAAGUCUUCAGCCUGGGUUGCUGUCCUCCACGGAAUGCAAGUCUCCUAAGAAAUGGGAAAGACCAGCGGCAGAAAGCCCCGGCCACAACGUCAAAGACCAGAAGGACUUCUUCCAGGAAGCGGCCCCGGAGAAGGAAGGACUCCAAAUUCAACCCCAUUUCCAGAAGCAGCUGUCCCCGGAGAGCGCUAGGAAGAUGGCCUCAGAGGGCAUGGCCGAGCACUGGGAAGAGGAACUCAGCUGGGAGCGGCGGAGGCAGCAGUGGCUGAAGGAGGAGGAGAUGUGGCUGCAGCGGCAGGAGAGGUGGACCCUGCUGGAGCAGGAGCACCAGGCGAAGCUGCGGCAGUGGGAGGUGGAGGAGGUGGCAAGGCAGCUGCAGGAGCGGGGGCGCCCGUGGAGGGAGCUGGAGCGGCCCGAGGAGGAUGCAGAGAAGAGGAUCUUCAUGCCCACCCGUCGAUGGAGGGACUUGGAGGAGGCAUCCUUGGCACCUCCCCCAAGCCGGGCCCAGUCUGCUCCCCAAGGCAGGAGGCCACACUUGCCCAGGUCUGCUAAGACCCAGCAGCCCCUCCCCGGAACCCAGAGGACCAUGAGUUCAGCCAAGUUCACCCAGAAACCACGGGCCUGCCAGGUUCCCCUGAAGCCCAAGAAAUCGGCCUCCUUUCCUGUCACGGUAACCUCCCUCCAAAAGGCGACCCGGCCCCCUUGGCCUGUGUCACCAGCAGCUCUGAAGGGGAAGGUAUACCACUUGGGCGUGGAGGCCCAGAGGCGGAAUCUGCAGCUCCUGACCGAGGAGGGUCCGCUGGGGCUGCCCCCCGACCUGCGCAGCAAGGCGCUGGAGCUCACCACCACCACCAUGGAGCUGAACGCGCUCAGGCUCUGGUGCCUGUGCCAUAAGUAUGUCCUCCACAGACGUUUCCAGAGCCUCCGACAAGCCGUGAUCAACCAUCUCCAAGACAUGCAAGAAACCAAGGCUGCCUACAAGGCCCAGAACCUCUACCUCUUUCUAGAAAACAUUGACCACCUGCAAAACGUGCAGCUGCAGGCCUGGACAAACAAGCAGAAGGACCUGGAGGAGAAGCGCCAGGAGUGCCUGAGCAGCAUGGUGACCACGUUCCCCAAGCUCCAGCUUGAGUGGAGCAUUAACCUGCACACCCCUGUGGUCACCUCUGCAAAGUCAAAGAAAAGCAAGCCUCCACAGUCCUUGCUCCGGCACAUGCGCUUCAGCAGCUCCUCCUGCAAGCCCUGGGAGCUCUUUACAACAAAGCACCUUCAAUGUGUGCCCCUGCACAUGGCCCGCCAACAGGAUAACCAGAUGGAGGCCAUCUGGAAAACCGAUGUGGCCUCGUCCAGUCACCCAGUAGAAAGGAAGACCCCCAUCCACCUGUCCUGGGACCAGCUGGGGGGCUACCCAGAUACUCCCCGGCUGUUGGCAUUGGACGUGCACUCCUCCUACUGCAAAAGCUUGAUGUCCCUCAAGGCCCGCUUCAGGUUGAAACUCUUCAAGGAAGAGGAGGAUGUGGGAUGCAAACAGAUGACCCUUGGAUGAUGCUGGAGUAGGACUGGAUUUCUGAGCCACAGCUUAACAGAUCCCAAGGAUGUCUGGUGGGGGGAGGAAGGUAAGAGGCAUUCCGGAUGCAGGUCACACACUCUGGACAGCUGAGGCCAGGAAGGGCCAGUUCUAGCCUUUCAUGCUUAUUGUUUUCUGAAUAAGCCAACAUGUUAAAGUGCCCUUAUACUAGGAGUUCCUGUUGUGGCUCAGCAGUAACGAAUCCAUCUAGUAUCCAUUGAGGACGUGGGUUCAA